UCAACGGCCCUGAUGCCCAGCUGGCGUGCCCCACAGCCGCGGAGGCCGCCCCCACACGCGGCCUGAACGCCUCCGACCGCUCCCUCCUGGCGGCUUACAACUUCAACUGCACAGCAGGCAACGGCGACAUCGUGCCCCUCCUGUCGGCGCUCGACGGCAAGUUUGCCGGCCCGGCCGCGCGCACGCGCGUCGCGGCGCCGCCGCCGCCCCCGUCUGCGACCAGGAAGGGGGCGGGCGCGCAGGGCGGCGGCAACAACGCCGGCAAGAUCGCAGGCAUCGUGGUGGGCAGCGUGGCCGGCGUGGCCAUCCUGGCUGUCGUCGGCCUGCUGGUGGCGCGCCGCACCAAGCACCGGCGCGCGGGCUGGACCAAGGACCCGCUGGACCAGGGGCCAGGGGUGCCACCGGGCGCCGCCGCCGCCGCGGCGCCGGGCAAGCGCGGGCUGGGCUGGGGCCGCGGGGCGGCGCGCGACCUGGAGGCCGGCGCGUUUGGCGUGAUGCCGGCCCCCGGCGCGGCCGCCGUCGACGCGGCGCCGCCGCCGAUCGAGACGGCCGCGAGCCUCACCGCGCGGGGCUCCAACAACCUGGAGAUGGCGCGCAGCGGCAGCGCGCGCCUGGGGCCGCCGCAGGGGUCGGUCAAGUCGAACGGCGGCCUGUGA